GAGAGAGACCAGGCGCAACCUCGCCAGUAUGACUAUGUCCACAUGCUCUCAGGAUGACUUCGAACCAGAUGGAAGUCAAGACGCAGAACAGAGUCGAGAUCAAGAUGGUGACCCCAGCAAGCACCCAUGGGCCAAACCAGGGGGAAACACACCGUUUGGCAUUGACAGCAUGCCAGACCUCCGCAAGAGGAGACCAAUUCCCCUUGUUAGUGAACUGUCUAUGAUACAGUCCAGGAAAGCUGGACUCGCCCACACAUUGGCCACACGGACCUCCCUGAAAGACGAGGAGCUUAAAAACCAUGUGUACAAGAAGACCCUGCAGUCUCUGAUCUACCCCAUCUCCUGCACCACGCCACACAAUUUUGAGGUCUGGACGGCCACUACACCGACCUACUGCUACGAGUGCGAGGGUCUGCUGUGGGGCAUCGCCCGGCAGGGUAUGCGCUGCGCAGAGUGCGGGGUCAAAGUGCAUGAGAAAUGCCAAGAGCUGCUGAACGCCGACUGCCUGCAGAGAGCAGCUGAGAAGAGCUCCAAGACCGGGGCAGAGGACCGGACACAGCACAUUAUCAUGGCCAUGAAGGACAGGAUGAAGAUCCGUGAGAGGAACAAGCCAGAGAUCUUUGAGGAGAUCCGGAGAGUGUUCAACGUCACCAAGAUGAUCCACGUCCAGCAUAUGAAGAGCAUCAAGCAGAGUGUCCUGGACGGCACUUCCAAGUGGUCGGCCAAGAUCACCAUCAACAUCGUCAGCGCGCAGGGUCUCCAGGCCAAGGACAGAACGGGCUCCAGCGACCCCUAUGUCACCAUCCAAGUCGGGAAGACGAAGAAGAGGACAAAGACCAUCUACGGCAACCUGAACCCAGUCUGGGAGGAAAAGUUUAGCUUCGAGUGUCACAACUCAUCAGAUCGUAUCAAGCUGCGAGUUUGGGAUGAAGACGAUGACAUCAAAUCUCGAGUGAAGCAGCGUCUGAAGAGGGAGUCGGACGACUUCUUGGGUCAGAGCAUCAUCGAGGUCCGAACUCUGAGCGGAGAGAUGGACGUCUGGUACAACCUGGAGAAGAGAACAGACAAGUCAGCGGUGUCUGGUGCCAUUCGUCUUCAGAUCAGUGUGGAGAUCGAGGGAGAGGAAAAGGUGGCACCAUACCAUGUUCAGUACACGUGCCUUCAUGAGAAUAUGUUCCACUUCUCGACGGACGUGGAAGGAGGCGGCAUGGUGAAGAUCCCCGUGGCUCAAGGAGAUGAUGCCUGGAAGGUUUACUUUGAUGAGGUGCAGCAGGAGAUCGUGGAUGAGUUCGCCAUGCGCUACGGCAUCGAGUCCAUAUACCAGGCCAUGACCCAUUUCUCUUGCCUGUCCUCUAAGUACAUGCUGUCAGGGGUGCCGGCAGUGAUGAGCACCCUGCUGGCCAACAUCAAUGCCUUCUACGCCCACCCAACCGCCUCCACCAACGUCUCUGCUCCGGCUAGAUUUGCAGCCUCCAACUUCGGGAGAGAUCGUUUUGUGAAGCUUCUGGAUCAACUGCACAACUCCCUGCGUAUCGACCUCUCCAUGUACAGAAACAACUUCCCAGCCAGCAGCAAGCCUCGCCUCCACGACCUCAAGUCAACAGUGGAUCUUCUCACCAGCAUCACCUUCUUCAGGAUGAAGGUCCUGGAGCUGCAGAAUCCUCCCAGAGCCGCCAACGUGGUGCGGGACUGCGUCAAGGCCUGCCUGAACUCCACCUACGAGUACAUCUUCAACAACUGUCUCGAGCUCUUCAACCGCCAGUUCCAGCCCGCUGUACCACCAGAGGAGCAGGGCCCGAGCAUCCAGAAUCUGGACUUUUGGCCUAAACUCAUCACGCUCAUCGUCUCCAUUAUUGAGGAGGACAAGAACUCCUACACACCCAUUAUUAACCAGUUUCCUCAGGAACUCGAUGUGGGUAAAGUCAGCGCGGAGGUCAUUUGGAGGCUUUUUGCUCAGGACAUGAAAUAUGCUCUGGAGGAACACGAGAAGCAUAAACUCUGUAAGACUGCUGACUACAUGAACCUGCACUUCAAGGUCAAGUGGCUUUAUAACGAGUAUGUUAAGGACCUGCCCGCCUUCUCUGACACUGUGCCUGAGUACCCUGCGUGGUUCCUUCAGUUUGUCCUGGCCUGGCUGGCUGAAAACGAGGAGGUGUCGAUGGAGUUCAUGCACGGGGCGCUGGAGAGAGACAAGAGGGAAGGGUUCCAGCAGACGUCUGAGCAUGCUCUGUUCUCCAGCUCAGUGGUGGACAUUUUCACUCAGCUCAACCAGAGCUUUGAGAUCAUCAAGAAGCUGGACUGCCCCGACCCCGCUGUGGUGGCACAAUAUAAUCGACGCUUCGCCAAGACGAUCACCAAAGUGCUGCUGCAGUACUGUGCCCUGCUAGCCAAGAGCUUUCCCUCCUACUGUGAGAAGGAGAAGAUACCCUGCGUGCUGAUGAACAACAUCCAGCAGAUGAGGGUCCUGUUGGAGAAGAUGUUUGAGUCGAUGGGAGCAAAACAGCUGGAUACAGAGGCGGCUGACAUCCUCAAUGAGCUGCAGGUGAAGCUCAACACCUUCUUGGACAACUUCAGCACUGUGUUUGCCAAAAGUUUCCAGACUCGUAUUAAUGGCUGCAUGCGUCAGAUGGCUGAGAUCCUGUACCAGAUCAAAGGCCCCCCCAACCACAACACUGCAGAGGCAGACGCUGACACCAUGCUGAGACCCCUCAUGGAGUUCUUGGACGGGAAUCUCAGUAUCUUUGCUGACAUCUGUGAGAAGACGGUGCUGAAGAGGAUCCUGAAGGAUCUGUGGAAGAUCGUCCUGAGCAGCCUGGAGAAGACCAUCGUCCUGCCUCAGAGCAAUGACAGCCUGGGUGCUCAGCUCCUCACAGCAGCUAAAGGACUGUCUAAUCUCAAGGGAGGUGGAGAAGCCAAAACCUUGACGCCCAAACAGUGUGUGAUUAUCGACGCAGGGCUGGAGACCAUCAAGCAAUACUUCCACGCAGGAGGAAACGGGCUGAAGAAGGCGUUUGUGGAGAAAAGUCCUGAACUGGCGUCGCUGCGUUACGCCCUUUCCCUAUACUCACAGAGCACAGAUGCUCUCAUCAAGACCUUCGUCACCACACAGCACUCCCAAGGCGCGGGGAUAGAGAAGCCCAUCGGAGAGGCCAUCCUGCAGAUCGACAUGAUGCUCGGGAAGGAACGCAAAGUCACUGUCAGAGUUAUCGCUGUGAACGAUAUGAAGUGGCAGACAUCAGGGAUGUUCCGGCCUUUUGUUGACGUCUCCAUGGUCGGUCCCUUCCUGGCCGACAAGAAGCGCAAGUUCACCACAAAAUCCAAGAACAACAGCUGGUCGGCGAAGUUCAACGAGUCUUUCCAGUUCACCCUGGGUAAAGAGUCCCCAGACUGCUACGAGCUCCAGGUGACGGUGAAGGAUUACUGCUUCGGCCGUGCAGACCGGGUGGUCGGCAUGGCCGUGGUUCAGCUGCGCGAUGUCGCUGAUCGCAAGAGCUGCGUGUGCUGGUGUCCGAUCGGGCCACGCAUUCAGACCGACGAGACGGGCUUGACUGUGAUGCGUAUCCUGUCCCAGCGGCCUGCUGAUGAAGUGGCCAAAGAGUUUGUCAAGCUGAAAUCUGAAACUCGUCCUGUGGAGGAGGGCAGAUGAGCAGAGAUCCAAGAGAGAUGGGUAGAAAUGGUGAAAAUGUGAAACUGACAUGAUCACAGUCGGGGUUGAGUCAGGGCUACGUGGCUGUCACUGUCAUCCUCAUCCUCAGUAAACACAGACGAUUAAAGCCUCUGAUGUGGAAGAGGUUCUUCAAAAGACGCAGCAGACACAACUAAAAUGACCAUUUUAAUAGAUGUGAUAACAAAGAAAUUCAUUCAAUUCAAUAGACAAAUUGUGGAAGGAGGUGUUUUCUCAAAAUGUUGAUAAAGAACAUGAGCGACUUUGGGUUUAAAUCACCAACUCAGAGGUCGGAAAUUGUUUCAGUUCACUGCAGAGAAACUCUCUGAUUCUGAUGUCGUGUGUAGCAAACUAAAUCUGUUGUCUGUCGGCCAUCAGAGCUGCUAAUGCACACCUUUUUACCAAACAUCCAUUCAGUGGAAUGAAUGAACCUGUGUCGCUGUCUACCUGACGGUAUAAAAAGAUGUUACCAACGCAGUUGUCUAAACACCAUCUGAACAUGAGCAGUACAUUCUGACUGCUAUGAAGUGACUGUUUAAUGAUCAUAAGUAAUUAUGACAUGAGAUGAAGUGAGUUGGAGGAGGUAAUCCAAGAGUCUUGUACUGUUUGAGCCUUUAAGGCUCACAGAGAUCCUGUGACAUCGGCACCACUGUUGAUUCUAGUGUCCCAACACUGUUUCCCAAAAACAUGACACUGGAUACACGUCAUUAACCAGCUAAUUAAUGUCACAAUAACGCAUAAGGAUUAACAUGUGACAUACUUAGCAUGAGCUUCAGUUUGUAAGAAACAUUUAAGCAUCUCAGAAUUGAUCAGCCAGUUCAUAAAAAUAAGACACAACGCGCUUGACUCACAUUAGACCUGAAAGACUGGGUGCUGGAUCCUGACGAAAAAGUUAAGACUUGGACAGAACUCCUGUUUAACUUUUUAGUAUUGCCACACGGUCACAUACACAACAAUUUAUUGGUCAACAACCAGAUCAAUGGUAACUCAUUUAUCAUUUAACAUGACAAUAGAAUUAAGUGCAACACACAUCGUUUGUAUCAAGUGUCACAUCCUUUGAUUCACACCUGUCGACAAGCGUAGAUGCAUCUUACAGAAAGAAGCACUAUAGUCAGGAUACAGUAGCCAGGGUACGCCAUGAAACUGAAGCAUGUUUACGCUGGGAAAUGUUGUACAAGAGGUGAUGAAGUGUGAUUGAGUCAAACCAAAACAAGUGUGUCAAGAUCAAGCGGCAACUUUCGGGCACGGAAAAAGAAGCCAAUGCAAAAGUGCCAAAAGUGCAGUUCCUCUUAUGGCCACUUGGGGCUGGCUCUAAAAGCCAUUCAGUCCCCACAGACCCCCAACGUCACAGCAGAAAUACACAUGUUUACAGCCUGUUACGAAAAACAAUUUUGAUCUCUUUAUAUAAUUUCAACAUUCAUGACAACUGUUCAAGGGUGAAUUUUUUUAAUAACUCACUCGUUUACAUUUUCUUAUGGUUUAAACAGGCUGUCUGUGAGGCGUCACCACAGUCUAUGAGUCAGAUCCACCACUUACUUGUCCACAGCUCUACCUUCUCCUCCAAAUAUGGUCACAUAUGGCUAAAAAAUCCAAGCUGGCGAUGACCAAAAUGAUGCCAGUGAAUGUGUUGCCCUUUAGUGAUGGACUUCUGGUAGUAUUUUUCCAGAUAGACUCUUGAAUGAAAGAAAAGACGACACCCUAGGAAAUGAUUUUCAGUUUAAAUCAGUCAGUUCUCAGUUACGUAGCCUUAAGAAAAUGUUGGCUAGCUAAUGUCGCUAGCUCACAUACUCAGUGGGAUUCAGACCUAAAUGAAUGGGUUCUACAAAGUGAAAGGCGUUGAUUUUAUUUUCUGAAGCAAAGGAUUAUGGGUAUAGUUUUAAGUAUCUGACUGACCACUGGACUGUGGCUGCAGAGCAAAGGUUUUUAAAUUCUGUUUCUGCCAAGUGUGAAACUGUGACUGUGGACACUGUUUACCCGUCGACCUGCUCUGACUGGAAACAGCCAAAAGCUGACGACCUGUUUUCAGGCGUGAAGUCGUGUGAACAGCUUUGAUGGAGGUUCAGAAACGGACCUCCAAGGAUUUUAUUUUAUCUGUUUUUAAAGCUCAAAAUUGGAUGAAAAAACAAAACAAAAGUCUUUCAGCCUUGUCGUGCAUGCGCAGUCACAUACUGCACCAAUCAUAUGUCUAUGAAUACCUGAUUGGUGUUUCUGCAUUAGGCGCAUUACAAACUCGGACCAGGAUGGAAAAUAAAAACAGGCAGGUUGUUGAACUAACUUAAGUGUAACUGGGUUUGAUCCACACUAUUGUAUGUUUACUACGUGCCAAGAAACGCAAGUGUUCAGCGAGCCAUGUUCAACUAGCUCUCUUUGCAUAUUUUGGGUUGUUUGCGGACAGAUGUGGCCACUGUAGAUGUCCCAAAUCUUACUGCACGUUUGCCAAAACUUGCUGCACUGUGGCUCCAAACUUAUAGUAGAAUUUCAACGAGGUAUUCUGGAAACUAGUUUAGAGUUCUGACGUUAGUCCGGCUGUGUUAAACUGAACAAAGACUUGUCUGCAGUAGGGUUUGAGUUAUCUUAUAGUGGACACAGCUGCAGUGACAACUGAACUCUUGCACUCAAACUGUAAGUUUGUAAAAAGUUAAAAAAAUAAAUAAAUAAAGCCUACGACCAGAGCAUGUAUUUAUUGUAUACAGAGUCAACUAGAAUUGUGAUCUUUUUCAUGU